CCAAAAAAAACAAAAAUUAACCGAGGCUCUCUCUCUCUCUUCUCUGUUUCUUCUGGCCACCACUACAAUCUUUUCCGGCGACCCACCACCACCAUCAUUGCAGGCAUAAUGGACCCAAUAUUCAAAUUAUUUUAUAAAAAUAUACACAUGUAAGCUUGUAUGUAUCAGUUUUGUAAGUGGAAGCCGCUGUACCUUGGGUCAUUUCCAGCGCGUCGCCAUAAAUUAUAGUCUCAGAGGGAAAACACGUUUUGAUAUCUUCAUAGCGACGAUCUUUUCCAGCUGUCUCGGGUUGUGUUAUCGCCGGCUGAGUCGCGAUCGGAGCUUGUAACAGUCGCAGUCGCCAAAGGAUUUGUGAUUUAUCGUUCUUCUGUGUGUGCUGUGGAAAAGAUUUUUGGGUUCAUCUUCUUCAACCCAAAUACAGAGCUUUCUGUUGAAAAAAAAAAAAAAUUUCCAGAAGUUACCGCCGAUCCUUGCAUCGCUGGUUCCUCGUUGGCUUAAGCCCGUCGGUGCAAUCAUCCGUUCUCGGCCGCCCUUUUUUUCAGUCCAUUCAACCGAGCCUCAACCUCUGUCCUUCUUCAUCGCAGAUUUAUCGUCGCCGGCUUUUGAGUAGCUGUUUGGACAGAGAGGAAGUGGUGAGAGAAGCUCGAUCAAAGAUGGAGCCAACAGAGAGUUCCCUUGAAUUCUUCAAGGUCUUCUUGCCAGCCAACAGCUCACAGAGAUUGCUCAUUCCAUUGGGUUUUACAGCCCACCUGAAAGAAAUGAUUCCAAGUAAGGCAUUACUCAGAAAUUGUGAUGGGAAUUGUUGGCCGGUCGAGGUGAAAUUUUUUGGAAAUGAUCACCUGUUCUUUGAAGAUGGUUGGGUGAAAUUUGUUGAAGAUAAUUCUUUAGAACUUGGCGACUUUUUAGUUUUUCAAUACAAUGGUAAUUGUGUUUUUGAUUUUAGUCUAUAUGGGAGAAAUUCAUGUGAGAAAAAAGUGAAAAAGGCUUCCCAUUCUCGAUUAAAAGAGGAGGAGACGGAGCUUGAAGAAGAGGAGGAUGAGUCCCUCAUGGAUGAGGACGAGGAGGAGCAGGAAGAAGAAGAAGUAGAAGAAGACCACGAUGAAGAGGAAAUAAUUUCCAGAGGCACUAGUAAUAGCGGAAAUGCUGCUGUCAAUGUUGGAGAUGAGCACAGAGGACGGGCUGUAGUUGAGGGGGAAGAUGAUUAUAUUUUUGAAACAGGGCACUACGUCCGACCCAAGAACCCUUAUUUUGUGGCAAAAAUGAAACAAACUACUAGGAAGAAUGACUUGUUAGUUCCUGCAGAUGUGAUAAAAGACAAUAAUCUUAAAUUACCAUCAGAGAUUGUCCUCCGUGACCAAGACGGCAAGACAUGGACCGCAAAACUAGUUGUGUGGAGCGAUAGGCGGACAUGGAUCCGUGGAUGGAAAGCAGUCUGCAGAUGGCACAAUCUGCGGGAGAACGACAGGUGCAUUUGUCAAUUUUUGCUAGGAAGAGAUGGAGAUUGCACUUCCUUACAGAUUCAAGUCGUCCCGGCAGGAUCAUGGCUGCCAAAAUGAGAAAACUAGGUGGCACUUGGGAAUAUUAGCAAUAUUGAGUUCUUUCUCAAUCAGCACUGUUUACUAUUAUCCAGCUCUAAAACUUUGUUUCUAUAGGUACCCAACUCUAGAAAACUGAAAGAUCAUUCAUUAGCCUCUGGGCUUGUAAUCUAAAAUUAAUUGUGAUUAUAGCACUGUGAUUGAAUUGAGGGAGAGCCUUGAUGGUAAGAUUGUUGCAUUGCGAUAUGGAGGUCACGAGUUCGAAAUGAGGAAACAGCCUCUCCGCAUUGAGGAAGUAAAGCUGCCCUCUUUAGACUCCGCAAUGGUAGGAGUCUCGUGUACUGGGUUUGUCCAUUGCCCAUAACUGGGAUUGAAUUCAUUAUUUGCGGGCAAUGCAAUUUUGUUUGUCUUAUGUGAUUAUCCGAGGGCUGAAAUGUUUUGUUUGUUAAUCUGCAAGGAUGUGGACCACAUCUUGAAGGAC